AUUUUAAUAUUACUAAAAUUUGAAUAUUCAUGCUUAACGUUCCCAAGCAACUCAAUUUCGGGAUAAUUUCCCGACUGAAGUCCAAGAUCUGCCCCGACUCCAUCUAGGCGUCAGCGCCUCGCUUUCUCUUCCAAGCCCCGCGCGACGACUCAGCUGCCACCAACGGCAGAAAACGGCCCUCCUUUCUUCUCACUCCGGCAGUAAAAGCUUCAACGCUCAUGGCUUGGAGAGGACAAUUGUCUAGGAAUUUGAAGGAACUUAGAAUCAAUUUCUGCCAAACGUCCCCUGCAAGUUCGCACGCUAGAGCGUUCGUUGAGAGAAAUUACAAGGAUCUGAAGACACUGAACCCCAAAUUUCCAAUUUUGAUUCGUGAAUGCAGUGGGGUUGAACCUCAGCUCUGGGCUAGAUACGACAUGGGUGUUGAAAGGAGCAUUCGUUUGGAAGGCAUGACAGAGACACAGAUCUCUAGGGCAAUUGAGGAGCUCGUCAAAGUGGGGGCUGCGCUUAAAGCUUCCUUCAUAUAGUACCAAUGCUGCAUUUGCUACAUUUCCCUUGGCUCAUGGAUCAGCAAUCUUUCGUUUUUUUUUUCUGUUUUAUGCAAGUCAAGGUCUAUAUAUAUUUCGCCAGCAUUUGUCGAUUAUGAUAAGCUGCAAGGCAUUUGAUUUGGUCAGCAUUUGUCUGAGGAUGUAACACAAUAAUGGUUUAAACGCUUGUGCUGCUAGACCUUUCCAACUGUUAUGGAAGCAUCCUUGACUUUUA